GACAGUAAAUUGCUUCAGGAAGACUACUAAAAGGAAGAAAGCCCUGAUCAUGUCUCCUUAAAAGACCAAGAACUACACACAUAAACAUAUCCUAAAAGAUACCUACAUUUUCCUCCCUUAAAGCAGGAGGAUGAAUAGGUCACUCAGGAAUAUGAACCACAGGCUGUAGUGAAGCUAAGAGAGUUACUGUCCUCUCCUAUCCAAGACUCCAUCACCUAGCAGGACCUCUAUGACCUCACGAAUAAUAGGUCAGAGCCCAAGGCCUGGGUCCUCACCUUGCGGGGCAGCUUGGGGUUUCCGCAGCAGCCACUGCCCUACCCAAUCCUUCCCACACCCCACCAUGUUGGUUAGUAACCCCCACCUGCUAACACUGGAUGAAGCUGACGCUACCUGGACCCUCAUCAAGGAUAAGGUCAUCGAGGAGCGCUUUGGGUCCAAUGUAGUGGCAGUACCUUUCCUGUCGGAUGCAGCCUGCUAUGACCUACUGGGUGUGCUAGUGAAACAGUCCCGUUCAGCCCACUCCCGCCUGGCUUUGCCAGGUCGGCAGGGCCGGAGGGCACUAAAGCCAGUGGGACCACUACCAAACCUCCUAGAACAGGCAGGGUCUGAGGGUGUCUUUUCCCACUGCACUCGGGAAUACUCACCAAAUGGACGAGCAGAGAUAGCCUAUGAAGAGAUGCGACUGUUGGAUGGGCAGCCCUGCCGAAUCCGCCUACAUAUGGGUGGCCUGCGUAAGAAGGUUGCCUUCCUGUUGGUGCCACCAGGACAGGUGAGCCUACAGCAGACGCUUCCCUGGCUCCGAAGCACCCACAGCAUCUAUGUCAUCUACCAGGUCUUCUCCUGCUCCUGGCUGCAGCUAGGGCUGUUACCUACAGCCCGUGAACCCCAGCUGCUCCGGUUACAGCGGUCAUUGCCUGUUGCCUUCUCCUGCCUCAAGUUUUCAUUGCAGCCCAAGGGUGUACUGGGACCACAGAAGCCUCUAAUCAAAGACCCACUGCCCCAUGGGGCCAACUGGGUCAGACCCAACCUCAGUCUCAUGCCAACUCUGGCCCCCACAUCAGCACCUGCUGAUCCCCUAGAAGCUGCUGAUGUGCCCCCACCUGUCCCAGCCCCAGCUACACCUCCACCCCAGGAAGGGCCAGAGGGCAGACCCACCAGAUUCUCCUACAAGGGCCGAAACCCCUUCCGGAGAGGGCCCCAGAUGCUGUCAGGGUCUGUCCUCGGAGUUCGACAGCGACGACUGAAGCUGAGGCGAGAGAUGCAGGGGGCAAGGCCCCCAAGAUCUGGCAUAGGGAUACUGGUUCCCAAUAAACAUCAGCUGCUGCUCCCCAGAACCUGGACUUAUGCUGCUUCUUCAUUCCGGGGUCCAAAGAACAGAGUUUUCCCACUUUUUCCCUAGGCUUCGAGUCCUCUCACCAGCUAAGGGCAUAAGAGAUACCUUGAAACCCUGGCAUCGAUGUCAUCACCGGAGAAAAAUACCCCUGAUCACCUCCCCAUCUAUGUACAACCUUUUUGGAGU